AUUGAUUCAUAUUCUAUUACCUUUUUCAGAUCGAAUUUUUAGAAGUUCGAGAGCCCCCGUAACCUUUUUUUGGUAUGUGUGAUCUUUGAACGAUUACAUAGAAAAAUUACUUAGGUUAUGAGAGCUAAAUGAUAUGAACUAAAAUUAUCAUGAACGCCACAACGAUUACACAUUGGUUCUGGACAGACUCUAUGUGGGUACCUGAAGGGUAUACAUGGAAAGAUUUGGAAUCUCGUGUAGAUUUAGAUAUUCCUGAUCCGAAAGACCUGGGGAUAUAUCCGUUCAUAAUCGCAGGAUAUCUUCUGUUGAUAAAAUACUUUAUUCUAACGCCAUUUGUGUUCACACCUUUAGCUCGCUAUUUUAUUGUUAAACCGAAACGGAAUAAGUUGACCCCAGAAGUCUCGACGCUGGAACGCGUGUCGGAAGAGUACGGGAGUUACCCGCCAUGGAAGGUUGUGGUCCAAACAGCGACGGAGCUUGGCUGGACAGAGAGACAAAUUCAACGAUGGCUGAGGAAGGAAGCUUCCAGCAAAGUCAACAGAACCAUUUCUAAGUUCAUCGAGUGUGCUUGGCAGAUUACAUUCUAUACGAUCUGUUGUUCCCUUGAAUUUCUUGUGCUCAUAGACAAACCUUGGUUGUAUGACUUACAGCUUUGUUCGCUCCACUUCCCCUUCCACAGCGUCACACCCGGCAUGUGGUGGUGUUAUAUGCUGUCAUUGGGGUUCUACUGGACGGAACUGUUAACACAUCCGUUGCUGCCUAAGCGAAGUGACUCAAGGCAAAACUUUUUGCAUCAUGUCUGCGCCAUUGCUAUCCUAUCUUUUUCUUGGGCUUGCAAUAUCAGUCGACUGGCCAUCAUCAACCUUCUUGUCCUCCAGUGCAAUGACAUCCCCUUACAGAUGGCCAAAAUCAGUGGAUAUAUAGGCUUCAAGAGAACAAGGGAUGCUUGUUUUGCUGUAUUUGUCCUUGUAUGGUUUGUGACAAGACUGGGCAUAUACCCUUUCCAUAUCAUGAGGGCGGCAUUUACACUGACUUUCACGAGUACUGGACCAGGAUUUCACAUAUAUCACGUCAUCAGCUCUUUAAUGGUUUUAAUUUUCCUGAUGAACAUGUCUUGGACACACAGCAUUGUGGUUAUGAUCUACAAUAAAUUAAAGCAUGGGCAUUCGAAUGACGUACGAUCCUCUGACGAAGAAGAAGAGGGCGAGAGCGACGAAUGCGCUUCACAGAAGCACAUUCAGUGUACACGCCAACACGUCAAAACUGCCUGACAUCCACCAGCAGAAAAUGUGCAUGAUAAUGAGCAAUUAUUCGUAUCGCAUUUUUCUAUUCAAUUCAAACUAUGUUUGUGUAUAUAUCCAAGUAAUAUCGGCGAUACAUUUAAAAGCUGUAUUAAAUAUAUUCGAAUAGACA